AUGGAGAAGUAUGAAAAGAUCGGAAAAAUCGGCGAGGGAUCGUACGGCGUUGUGUUCAAGUGCAGAAACAAAGACACGGGACAAAUCGUAGCCAUCAAGAAGUUUGUGGAGUCAGAGGACGAUCCAGUGAUAAAGAAGAUCGCACUCAGAGAGAUACGGAUGCUGAAGCAACUGAAACACGCAAACCUGGUGAAUCUGAUCGAGGUGUUCAGGAGGAAGAGGCGGCUCCACCUGGUGUUCGAGUACUGCGACUACACCGUGCUCAGUGAGCUCGACCGCCAUCCCAGAGGAGUUCCGGAGCAGCUGGUAAAAAGCAUCACUUGGCAAACGCUGCAGGGCGUCAACUUCUGCCACAAGCAAAACUGCAUCCAUCGAGACGUCAAACCAGAAAACAUCCUCGUCACCAAACACCAGGUCAUCAAACUCUGCGACUUUGGCUUUGCCAGGAUCCUCACUGGUCCCUGUGACUACUACACAGACUAUGUGGCGACCCGCUGGUACAGGGCCCCUGAGCUGCUGGUGGGGGACACUCGGUACGGGCCCCCGGUGGACGUAUGGGCUGUGGGCUGUGUGUUCGCAGAGCUGCUGUCAGGACUCCCACUGUGGCCCGGCAAGUCGGACAUGGACCAACUCUACCUCAUCCGCAAGACUCUGGGAGAUCUUAUUCCUCGACAUCAGCAGGUUUUCAGUAACAACCAGUUUUUCAGCGGGGUCUCGAUUCCAGAGCCUCAGGAGAUGGAGUCUCUGGAUCAGAAAUAUCCAAACCUGUCACAUCAAGCACUGAGUUUAAUGAAGGGCUGCUUGCGGAUGGACCCCUCGGAGCGCCUGUCCUGUGAGCAGCUCCUCCUUCACCCGUAUUUCGACUCGAUCCGAGAAAAGAACCAAAGCAUGACUCGCGACAAGAGAAGCCGACCCCAGAGGAAACACCUCCCUCCUGGGUACUUACCACAGCUGACGGGCAGCAGCAUCUUCCCCACUCUGGAUCACAAGAAAUAUUACAACCUCAGAAAAUUCAACUACCACCUCCCAAACAUCUAA